UCCCGCCGCAUUCGAUUUCCGCAAUUUCGAGCCUCCAGUCAUAAGAAAGAGUGGCUACUUGUCUUUUACGCAGAAAAGGCGUAAAACAAUAAAGCAGGUGUUGCUCGCUGUUUUUUUACAAAGACCAUGCCCCCAAAGAAGAAACUAAAACGCCAGAUUCAGCCUCCCCAUAAGAACGACCCUCUUACUCUCUCCUGUGAGUGGGGCACCUGCGAGGACGUGUUUGACAACAUGGAUGACUUUCUCAAGCAUGUCCUGGACCAUUUGAACCAUGAGUUCAUAGCGGAGAGAUCUCAGGCAGGACAAGCACCAGUCCUCGAUGUGUACAAACCCAGCAAGUGCAAGUGGCGAGAGUGUGGCUAUUUGGCGGAGAGGGACCACUUUGAUUACCUUCGCCAUACCUACUUCCACUGCUUCCAUGUGAAGAUCAAGUGUUUUGGGAUGACCAUGCUUCUGCAGAGUGAGAGCAAGCAGGGAUGCAUGCUGGAUUCUGCGACCAGAAACAUGAUUCCUGAGCUGCCAGAGAGGCUGCAGUGUGGGUGGAAAGAGUGUGAGGAAAUAUCUGAUAACCCAGAGUACUUCUACCGCCAUGUUGCCUUCCAUGCAGAGGAUUAUCCUGAGGGCAAUAAUGUGCCUGGUGGAUGCAGGUGUGAGUGGGAAGGUUGUGGACACAGCUAUAAAAGUAAACAUAAGCUAAAGGAGCACCUGCGCAGUCACACCCAGCAGAAAGUGGUGGCUUGUCCGACCUGUGGCGGACUUUUCUCAAAUCGAACAAAAUUCUUUGACCAUGUCAAGAGACAAUCUCAGGCAGAUCCUCAUUGCUAUCAGUGCUCUCACUGCAACAAGAGGUUCAACACAGAGCGGCUUCUGCGUGAUCACAUGCGUAACCAUGUCAACCAUUACAAGUGCCCUCUCUGUGACAUGACGUGCCCUGCACCCUCUGCGCUGAGGAACCACAUUCGUUAUCGUCACACAAAUGAGAAACCAUAUAAAUGCACGGGUUGUGAACGCAAAUGUAAAACCCUUGCAGACUUAAGGAAACACUUAGAGACCCACAACGAGAAACCGAUGUUCUACUGUCAUUACCCGAACUGUAAAUACAGCGCCAAGGUUUACAACCUGUUUGUUCGACACUUCAGGAAACACACAGCUAACCCGAUGGGCAUCAAACCCAAGUAUAUGUGCCACAUCUGUAAUACCACAUACACCCGUGGAGAAAAACUGACACACCAUCUCAAAAAUCACCACAAAUUCAAGUGGCCUUCAGGACACACCAGGUUCAGGUAUAAACUCCACGAGGACUCUUUCUUCCGGCUGCAGACGGUGAGGUACGAGUCUAUUGAGCUGACAGAACAUUUUCUGGAGAAGGCACCAGAACGGAGAGACGAGGAUGAGGAGGAGGUCACAGUGGAGGUCAUUCCUGAAGAUGGUACAGAUGAGGAGGGGCAAGGGUAGAGUUCUUCUUAUUUACCACUCAUAU